UCUCUCCCCCUCCGUUCGUCUGUCCUCCCAUCUCUUCCGUGAUCUCUUCGAGGCUCCUAAAGUAUGAGACAAGAAAGGGCCUAUCUAUCAAAAAUAGGGUGUCAAAUGUAAAACAUUUCUUGGACAACAGAAUCGAUUCAAGCUCUGUAGCAGAAGAUCCGUCUAUUUGAAUCGCAAUCUAUACUUUCUCUUCGGGCCAUGCUGAUCUUUUCGGCGUCUCCUUCCGUUUCUAGAUCUUUAUCUAGAGCUAGGGUUUCAAAUCUUUCCACUUCUUCUACCUCGAUUUAUCCUAUUUCUUGUUCGUUUCCUGUUCGAUCAAAUGGCAAGUUCUGCACCUGCACGGUCUCCUUGUUGAAGGUUAGAGCGAUGGCAGAGUUGGUGGAGGAUAAGGAAUCAACGGAGAGGGGGAGUGCGUCAAAAAGAAUGGCGGCAAUCGCCUCGGGGUCAGGGGCGGAGAAGGAGGUCCGACAUUCAAGGACAUUUCUUGAUGUUCAGAGCGAGGAAGAGCUGCUUUCUGGGAUUAGAAAGGAAAUGGAAUCUGGAAGGCUGCCUUCAACUAUUGCUGCUGGGAUGGAGGAAGUAUAUCGAAAUUAUCGGAAUGCGGUUUUGCAAAGUGGUAAUCCCAAAGCAAGUGAGAUCAUAUUGUCAAACAUGGCUGUCACCUUUGACCGCAUUUUAGUGGACGUGGAGGAACCUUUUACCUUUCCACCACAUCACAAAGCGAUACGAGAGCCUUUUGACUAUUACAUGUUUGGGCAAAGUUAUAUCCGCCCAUUAAUAGAUUUCAGAAAAUCAUAUGUUGGCAACAUCGCUCUUUUUUCUGACAUGGAAGAGAAGCUUCAACAGGGCCAUAAUAUUGUCUUGAUCUCCAACCAUCAAAGUGAAGCAGAUCCGGCAGUUAUUGCAUUAUUGCUUGACACAAGAAAUCCCCAUCUCGCUGAGAAGUUGACCUAUGUUGCGGGAGAUAGGGUUGUGACAGACCCCAUUUGCAAGCCCUUCAGCAUGGGAAGAAAUCUUCUGUGUGUAUACUCGAAAAAACAUAUGCAUGACAUUCCUGAGCUUACCGAGAUGAAAAAAAGAGCAAAUACCCGGAGUCUGAAAGAGAUGGCUUUGCUUUUAAGGGCAGGAGCACAAAUAAUAUGGAUUGCCCCUAGUGGUGGCAGGGACCGCCCUGAUCCUUUGACAGGAGAAUUGUAUCCAGCACCCUUCGAUGCAUCCUCAGUUGACAACAUAAGGAGGCUUUCAGAUCAUUCAGGUGUUCCAGGGCAUAUAUACCCUUUAUCACUGUUAUGCUAUGAUAUCAUGCCACCGCCACCCCAGGUAGAGAAACAAAUUGGUGAGCGAAGAAUGAUUUCUUACCAUGGAGUUGGGUUAUCCGUGGCUCCAGAAAUGAGCUUCAAUGAAAUUACCGCUGGUAUUGCAAACCCCGAAGAGGCAAAAGUGGUUUUUUCACAGUCUUUGUUUGAUUCAGUAACUGAGCAAUACAAAGUGCUUAAAUCUGCAAUAUAUGGCAAUCAAGGACUUGAAGCAUCAAACUCUAUUAUUUCUCUCUCGCAGCCAUGGCAACCAUCACCCGAGUAGUUUUCUCUUUGGUCUCCCCUAUACCGUGAGGUUUAGGUGGCUUUUCACUGGCUUUGUAUAAUUCAGUAACCAACCAUGAACAAUGUGCUUCGAUCUGCUAUACGCGGCAAUAAACGGCUUAAUGUGGUGGACUCUGUUACUGCUCUAUGACAACCAACCAUGGCUGUAUUCCGGGCUGCUUUCGUGGUAGUUUAGCCCAGAUCUUUCUGAAGUAUUGUUCUUUCCUUUCAUUCUUCUUGAAGAUGUAUUUCAUAAAAAAAUCCUUCCUGAUUAGAACUAUAAUCAGAAUUUCAAGGGUAGCUUACCACUGUACAGAUCAUUUUACUCUGUUCAAUUGCAUAACUUUGUAGUUGUUUUAUUGAA